CUUGUAAGUGUUUACGACCAUUGAAUAAUCGUCAUAGAAAAGUUUAAUAUCUCGAACUAAGUCAAAUAUCGCAGAGGAACGAUUAGGAAGGAUGAUUUUUCUUAAACGGAUCGUGGUUGAAUAAUCAUUAGCGUAGUAAAGGAUCCCUUUUGAAUAUCAGGAUGCUAUUUUUAUCGGUGGAAACCUAAAUACCGAAUAGCACGCUCUCGUAGAGGUGCGCGCUUACGUCUAUGUAUGCGUGUAACACGUACACGCUGACACACAUUUUGCUUUUCUCAAUUGACAGUUGAGUCGAUCUCGUUUAAAGUAACAAUGCGCGUUGGCGUAUCUUCUUGAACUCUUAUACAUAAAUUCAAUUCUAAGAAUGUAAUCAUCCUACGAUAAUCGUUCAAUCGUAAAGUUAAACAUUUGUUAGAAAAUGAAAUGUUUAAAAAGCACUCCUCGAUCUUAGGAUAGUUUUAAUCUUUAAGUAUUCGAAUAGACCUAUAUGCAUGCAUGUAUGUAUGUUGUAUGUAGUAUGCAAGUGCCGUCCGUUCGAGCUCGGAUUUCAAAGUACCGCCGGCAGUACGCUUGAAACCGUAUAUGCUUAGUAGCCUUGAUCCUUUCACCGUUAUAAACCGAUUAUUGGACUUUGAUAUUUACUAUUUUAGACGGGACGUAUAUGAGCGCGCGAAUAACUUUUCAUAAAUGAAAUAAUAUCGAUAAGGAAAAGGUAAAGGUUAAAAAGUUAAAGCUGUAAACAUCCAGUAAGUAGAUCUUCCUCCUUUUAGUCAGACAAGAAAAAAGUUGGAAGAGGAGGUUAGAGUUGUAAGGGGAAGAGGCGCGCUUUUUAAAACGUUAACACGAUGAUCCUUCCUUUUUAACCGAUUCGCAGCGUUAUUUCGUCGUCCGAAAUUAAAGAUAAUCGUAGUUGUUAUUUCGUGGUGUCAACGUUGUUAUUAUUAUUGCAAAAGGGGGCUGGAGGGGGUCGAUGACGACGGGGCCAUCGUACACCAUCGUCAUGGCUCGUUCGUAUCGCGAAACGAAACCGUUUUGGAUCGUGGCACCUACCGAGAAUAACGAGAUACAAUAAUAUAACGUGAAUCACACACCAGGAUACCGUAUUAGUACACCGUGUGACGUCAUAGUGGAGAACAUCAUCCUUAACCGCGUCACGCACCGCUAAACCCGACCUUCGUCCGACUAUACCUACUUAAGCUUUCCUUUCGCAUUCCAACGACCUAUUGAAGAAAUGAGUUUCUCUCUCUCUCUCGCUCUCUCCCUUUAAAACAAGUCUCGAGUAAUCGAGUAAGACAAGAUCUUGUAAACUCUUUUUUUCUUUUUUCUUUUUCCUUUCCUUUCCUUUUCUUUUCUUUUCUUUUUCCUUUCUUUUCUUUUUUAUAUCAGCGAUAAUAAUAAAAAAAAAAAUCCAUCUUCGUUGCCCCGUUUCUGUAAUACACCUACGCAAAUUCUACGACAAUCUAGUAUAUCUAUUUUCUAUACUUAAUAUUCUCAUCGUUCAUCAAUUUGGAAGUUUGCCUUUCUUUCGGAAGACAGAACUUUCACAAGACAGAUCGUAGAACGUGAAUUCGUAUAAAGAUAUGGGAGUCAUUAGGACGUCGGCCCUGAGGCUGGUCUGCCCACGCGACGGGUCUACGUGCUCUGCUAAAAAUAUCGAAAGCGCACCACCGAUCGAGUAUCGAGAAUGAUUUCGUACGCGCACGUGUUUCUUUCCCCUCCUCUAUAUACUCCAUAUACUACCGAUCAUCGGUGACGAGAACGAGUGAUAUCUCUUCUUGAUCCUACCAUUGUUCUCUUUCUCUCUCUCUUUUUUCUUUUUUGUCUUCCUCUUGUAUAUAUAAAAACAAAAAAUAAAAUGAGAGAAUUAAAAAAAGAAGAAGAUAGAAAAACAAAGAACAAAUCGAUACUUCGAUGACUCAUGUAAGUAGAUAAUUUUUAAUGGAGAAUUAAGAAAACGCUGUUCUUUAUUUCUCAAUGAAUAGUAAGAGCUUCAUUUCAGUGAAUUUUCUUAGUCUCAAGAUACGUUUCAGUUUCUCGACGACCCUCUAAGAUUAUUAAGUACUGUUAGACGACAAGUGUACGGUUCAAAAGUCGCGACGAUACGUUUAUGCAUUGCAUCUUGCUAGCCAGUAGUCGCGAACAUCAGAAAAAGACAGAUAGACAGACAGACAGACCGAGAGAGAGAGAGAGAGAGAGAGAGAGAGAGAGAGAGAGAGAGAGAGAGAAAGAGAGAGAGAGUAGAAGGAGUGAAAGAUGAGGGAGAAGAAGAGGGGAGGAAGGGGUCCAACGGACGGGAAAAUGAACUCAGAGCAUGAAUGCAUCGCCUUCUAAAAUAUGCAGACGGCAUUGCGCUAUGUAUGCCAGUUGCUGAAACUCACUAGGAAAGGAUGAGUCUUCCCGAUUUUCUUCUAACUCGUUACACGUGACACGCGGAAAUGCUUUCUCUUUGCCUGCCCAUUUUCCUUUCAACGCUUGAAACGAUCUCAAAGCGGGACAUUCAAAUCUACAUGUGUUACGUAUAAUUUGGUUGAAUAAAAUGUUAAAAAAAAAAAAAAAAAAAAAAAAAAAAAAAAAAAAAAAAAAAAAAGCAAAAAAGAACGUAGAAAAAUUGAAUAAUCAUAAAAAUUAAUAUCGAGAAGUCAGAAAUAUUUUAUCUAUUUGACUUAAACGGUAGAAGCAAUAAAAUCGAUGGCUCCUAGUUCCAAGGCAAAUGGCCAACCUUGGAAUGUUCUAGUCGCUCUUGCUGCCCGUAUCUAUUUUAUGUAUAUAUCAAUAGAAGCAAUACAAAAAUACAUAAUAACGUGUGAAUUAUAGUUUGGUAGUUGAGUUGGUAAAAGCUCUCGACAUUGUUAAAUUAUAUAGAGUAACAUUAUUCGAGGUCUUUUCGUUUUUAGAAUGGUUCAAUGAAUUGCGAUAAAGAUCGGAUGUUCAAGUAUAAUAUUCUUCUGGUUGUAACAUAAAUAACAAGCAAGAUGGUCGUAGGCGAAGCUAGUAUACAUAAUAUAAUGGGAGGCAUGGAGAGUACAGGAGGAGUGCGUCUUCAUAAUCACAAGAGGAAAUUGAAGCAAAGGUUUGACAUUAUCAAGAAACUGGGCCAGGGAACUUAUGGCAAGGUCCAAUUAGGAAUUAACAAAGAAACGGGCCAAGAGGUAGCUAUAAAGACAAUAAAAAAAUGUAAGAUAGAGACAGAGGCUGAUCUGAUUCGGAUACGAAGAGAAAUACAAAUCAUGUCGAGCGUACAGCAUCCUAAUAUCAUUCACAUUUAUGAAGUUUUUGAAAACAGAGAGAAAAUGGUAUUGGUUAUGGAAUAUGCAGCCGGUGGUGAGCUCUAUGAUUACUUGAGCGAACGUAAAGUUUUGUCCGAACAGGAAGCACGAAGAAUAUUUCGUCAGAUAGCAACUGCAGUUUUUUAUUGUCAUAAACACAAAAUAUGCCAUAGAGAUCUUAAACUAGAAAAUAUACUUUUGGAUCAAAUUGGAAAUGCAAAAAUUGCUGACUUUGGCUUGUCAAAUGUAUUUGACGAACAAAGAUUAUUGAGUACAUUUUGCGGUAGUCCAUUGUAUGCAAGUCCCGAAAUAGUAAAAGGUACACCUUAUCAUGGACCUGAAGUCGAUUGUUGGAGCUUGGGAGUUCUUUUAUAUACAUUGGUUUAUGGUGCCAUGCCCUUUGAUGGGUCCAAUUUUAAACGACUAGUCAAGCAAAUCUCACAGUCUGAUUAUUUUGAACCCAAGAAACCUUCUCCUGCUUCCCCUCUAAUAAGGGAUAUGCUCACAGCUUGUCCUGCUAGACGAGCAGACAUUGAAAAGAUUUGCAGUCAUUGGUGGGUAAAUGAGGGCUAUGAACAAAAUUGUCUCGACAUUGCGGAAGAUCUCGCUGCUCAAACACCCGUUCGACUUGACUUGUUACUAUCGUUAGUACCUCAAUCGGCUAGCGCAGAGAAAUUACUUGUAGGCGAUCAACAAACAAGCGGAGAUGUCGCAAAUAAUAUGUCUUCCGAAACGCUAGUACCUACGAGAUGUCACUCUGUUGGUAGUCUAAUGGAAUUCGAUCAAAAUAAUUCAGAUAGACGAAUAAGAGAAUUAUUUGAGGAAGAAAAUAGAGGAGCAGCAGCAGCAGCAGCAGCUACAGAUGCGAAAAGAAAAUUAGAAACUACGCCAUCGAUGGAUGAGACAAUUGCGGCGACUGUUAAAAAGAAAGAAAGAUCUAGGAGAAAAGAAAGAUCAGACGAAAGAGAGCCUAGAAUGUAUAGAUCAACGUCCAGGCAUCAUUCAGCACCAAUUCCAAACUCUAUAAUGGAAGAAACGAUGGAAGUAGAGCCUACAGCGAUUGUAACUGUUCCUACAAGUAAGACUGUUGAUUUAAAUAAAGUAGACGCGGCAGCUUGUUUAGAAUUAAUAGAAGAAUCUAAAGAAAAAUCACCUAGCAAGGAGAGAAGUAAGACCCCUGUACCUAUGGAGCAUGAACAAUUAUCCAAAGAAAUGUCUGCUAAAAAUAUUGAUAGAUUUUAUGAUACUAGUCAAAAUGAAAACAAGGAAAGUGCGUUACAAGAGACGUAUUCAAAGGCGUCAGAAGAAAGUAAUCAUCAACAGGAAAUUGCUUCUUUAGAAAAGAAUAAAAGUACACAUGCAUUACCAAAUAAAGUAGCGUCAAGUAAGGAAUUAAACGAUACUUCCAAAAUAAAUGUGCCAAAUAAAGAUAAUUUAAGUAACAAAUUGGAAAUCGAUAAUUCGCUUCGCUCUGUUUCGGAAGAUAUGAAACAAAUAGACUCUAUGGAUAAAGAAAUUAAGAAGUUAAAAGAAAGAGCGUUGUCUCUUGAUUCUGAACUUGCCAACGAAGUAGAGGAUGUAGUUACGAAACCCGUCGAAAGACGGCGAUCGAAAAUCUUUGAAACUGCAGAGAAGUUCAAUCAAAUGACAUCCAGUUUAGAAAAUGAAAAACCGAAAAAGAUUUUCAUUCCUGGUGUUAACGUUGGUGGUGCCAAGCGUGCCUUUGAACGCAAAGCAAGUCUUACAUCUGGUACCAGUCUUACACCAGUUAAACAUAAUGCUUCUAAAGUUAUUAUCGAUGUAGAUAAGAAAUCUGAAAAAAUUGAAGAUAAAUCAAAACUCGUUCAGGCUAGUGUAGAUACGGAGGAAAAGUCGAAUAAGCGAGAUGAAGCUAAGAAACGAGCAAUUGAUAUAAUAUCCGGUGCAAUUGGUAAGCCACCUGUGCUUCGAAAAGUUAAUGGUUCUCCACCAACCUCUCCUCAAAACCAAGAGUCUAAAAAGAUAGGAUUAAAGAUACCAGUAGGUCCAAACGAUAUUAGGGCUGCAACGGUAUCGGUAUCUACGCCAACUGAAACCAAAUUUUCAUUUGACAAUAAUUCCAUUUCGUCCGACAUUACUACACCUACUACAUGUGAAAUAUCCAAUAGUGAUAAUUCACAAGCCGAAGAGCCAAAGUUGUCCAGCAAAAUGGAAAUAACACUUAAAAGUGCCACUUUACCACGACCACGAAAAACGAGUAAAGCGGAAAUUACAUUGUCAGGGAAUAAGAUUCCAGAUACGGUUGCUUUUAAAUCAGAAGUGGAGGCUAAAAUUGAUGCUUUCCCGUCGCAGAAGUUAAGAACACAAAGAUCUGAAAUAGCAUUUCCCGUAGCUGCAGUAGUCCCACAGACAAAUAGAAGUUCUAGUCUAGAACCAGAAAUAAAACCAAAAGUUCAACCCCGGGAAAGGAUUAUUCCUAUUCAGGUUGAGCCAGAUCAUCAACAUGUGCAACAAUCGCCUACUACUCCUCCCAAACCUCCGAUGCCACAGAGAUCUAUGUCCCAACGAUCAGGAUCUUUAUCUCGUCAAUCAACAGCAGACUCCGAUACCGACAGUGCUCUUGGUUCAACGAUAGGACCAGAACCAAUAAGAAAAAGCCCAAGGGAAUAUAUAAUUCCUAUUGCUGUAGAAGGUGGUGGCUAUGUUACACCCAGAUCUGGUAGUGUUGAGCCAGAAAGUAAAACUGGCACGCCAACUAGUACAAAUGCGCCAAGAUCUAGAUUCAGUAGACCAAGAAGAAUGAGUUCUCUUUUAUCUGAUGCUAGCGAGGAUGAAUCACCAUUUUCUACUUUACAUAGAGAUAGCGAAGAUCUUUUACAAAGGCAUAUGCACAGAUUGCGAAGCUCUCGGCCAUCUAGACAACCAUCUGAGCAUGGCGAUAGUUUAUCUUCCGGCGAAGAUGACGACGACGAUGGUUUCGAGCUAUUAACAGCUGAAAAUUUGUUUUCUACUUUAUUGUCUAGAGUACGAAGCUUGACACAAAGACUUAACGUUGAUGAUAGAGGCAGUAGUAGUUUUCCAAGUAGCCGAUUAUUGGGACGACUUGGAGUUAAUUCGCCACAAAAUUUUUGGAGUCAUAAUAAGCCAUUAUCAAGGCGACUGUCCGAAUCGCAGUUCAAACAUUCUCUAAGCCGUGACACUGAUAUAUUUGGUAGAAAAGAUUCUACCAGUUCAAUAAAUCCUGGCUCUCCUAAUAGUCCGGGUUCUCACAACGCACCUUCUUCGAGGGAGAGCGUUUUUGAAAUUGGAAGCAAUACAUUACCACGAGAUAAAGUAGAACAUGAAGACAUAGAAGCGGAGACGGUACAAAUCAGAAAAGAGGCUCAAGAAUCCUUAGAACAAAAUUUUACUCCUAGUUUGGCACGAAGAUUAAGCAGGCAAUUUAUAGAACAAACUAGACAAUCAUUACCAAGAUCGUCAUCGAUAUCAUGCGAGAAGUAUUAUCAAUCUCCGACUAGGGAAAAUUUAAGUUUAAUAGAUACAGCCGAGGGUAUUAAAAGACAUUCUAGUUCAACUACGUCGGAUCAAACGGAAUAUAGAAGUAGAUCGGCCGAUAGAAAUAUUCGAAGAACUAAUAGUUUAUUGGAAGCCGGAAAUAAAGCGGAUAAACUAGAUUAUCGAUUUUCUAGAAGAAGUAUCAGUCUCUUUGACGACGACGAUAACUUGUUACCACUUCCAAGACAAGUCAUGACUCUUGGUAGAAAGUAUAAAGAAAUUGGAAGAUCGAAUUCUGGGAAUACUUGGAGAGAUACUUUUAGUGUUCAUAGAACGGAUAAAAUUCAAGAAGAAUCUCUAGAAGAUACAUCACAGUUGCCUAAAGAUGUAUUAAACAAUACGGAUAAUAAUUUAGAUGCUGGUUCGGUAUCCGAAUGUACUUCAGUAUCUAUAUGUAAUUCAAACACUAAUUUGGUCGAUACUACAUCUAGUAUAUCGAUCAAAUCUCGCGAUACAUCCCCUGCUGAUUCGUCGUCAAAUAUAAUUGAUUCUGGUAAACCAUCAUACAGAAUGGAUUCGUCGAAAAAUUUUGAAAAUAGACUUUUGGCAGCGGAGAAUUUGAUAAAGGAAUCAAAAUUGAAAAAUUUAGGACCAUCGAAGUUCGAUCCCAAUUUAAAUUCUAAUUACAAAGAAACCGAUAAAUGCGACAAAGAAUCUUUAAGUUCAAUCUCGGAUGCACCUAACAUGACCAUAUCUAAGCGACGCAGUUGCAUUCCAAGUUUAAGAUUACGUUCGGGUUCCUUAACAAGGGAUCCUUGUAUAGAUAGUGAUAGGAGAAAAUCAUUUGCCGGAUCGCAAGGAACUCUUUCGAACAUUAGAGCAUUGUCGCCAGAAAAGUCUAUUUUAAGUAAAUUCUUUAGAGGUGGUAGCAGUAAAGAGAGUGAUUCAAAGGACAAAUCUCAGAAACCGAAGCAACAUCGAAUUUCACGCUUUUUACGGCCAGAUUUCUUUGAUACCCCACGGGAAGAAAGUAGAUACGUUAAAGAAAAAGAAGCGCAAAAGGCUGCGGAAAACGAACGGAGAAAAUCUAGAUUCAUGAAAAAAAAAAGUGAAAAUAAAAGCGCGGAAUGUAAGCAAGAGACAAAGCCAGAGAAGGAAUUGAAGAAUGAGAUGAAUUCACUUAAAAAAGAUAAGUUUGAUAUUUCAUCGGACGAUAAAUCUAAUAAAGAGGAUAAUACGAAAUUAAAAUUUGAAAGACAAUCCUCAAGAAAUAGUUUUCUACAUUCUUUAGAAAAAAAAUUAGAAAAGUUUCGUGUAACGGAUGAAACACCCAAAUCUUCGUCCAAUGGUGGUCUCUUGAUCGAUCAGAAAGUAAGAGCUUUGAGAGAGAACUCAGCGCCUCCAUCAGAUUCUUUGUUCACAGAAUCAAAUUUGAUUAAAAGGGCAAUUAGCGUUGAGGAUAUGUCUUCGAAAGAAAAUUCUCUUAAUUCUAGAAAAAGUAGAGUAUCAUCUGUUCUAGGAUUGUUUAAAAGUUCUGACGUCAAACAAAAUUCAAACGCAAUCAAAUCGCAAAGUACUAUAAUGAGUAAGUUAAAGAAAAGUCCUCCUAAGCUUGUAAAAACGGACGCUUCUUCGACGAACGAGGAUACAUCAUCCACAAGUAAAAUUCCAAUGAAAAUGGUUAAAAAUGAUUCUAGAUUAAUUAAGAAACCUACAGAAGGUAAAAAACCUUUGGAUAAUUCUAUAACGGAAUCGAAAAAAUCGCAAUAUAAGGACAAAGUAAAAGAAAAAGAUACAAAUUCGAAAGAAAGAAAAAUGUCUAAUGAAAAGCUGUUAAAAACAAGUGGAGAGGAUGAAUCGCAAAUAGAUAAAUCAUCUCCAACAGAGAUUUCAGUUGACAAGGAAAUAGUUAAGAAAACAAAUUCAGGUAAAAAGGAAGAUGACCCUAAGCUUAUUUCUAAUCCACCAGAAACUCGUAAAGUAAUGGACAAUGGUGCCGCAGAAGGAAACAUUUCUAAGCGAGAGAAGAAAGUAAUAAAGACGAAGAAGAACGUAGGAUCUGUAAAAAAGAUCGGCACUGGAGUUACGAAAGCAGAGAAAGAAGAAAAUGGCGAUAAGAAAACAUCCAAAAUCAGUAAAUUAAAGGAACCUGUGCAAAAGGAAGAGGCUGAAGGUACUAAGAAGAAAAAAAUUGUACGUGUCGUUAAGAAAGUAGUCAAAAAAUCGUCCGAAAAUUCUGAUAAUAAAUCGGAAGAAAAAGCAAAAGUUUUAAAAUCUAUCGUAAAAGGUAAUACCUCGCCUAAAAAAGAAAAAAGUCCAGAAGCUCCGGCGAUCAAUGCUGAUUAUUCAAACGAACGUAAUUCUGACUUACAAAAUUCAACGAAAUUUACAACUAGCGAUAGUUCCAUUCAAGAAACACGAACAAAGUUGAAAGGAAAUCUUUCUUCUGUUGAUGCAAUAUCAAAUAAAUCAGAACUAAUGGCAUCUGGAAAUAAUUCAAGUAAAAGUCCCGAUUGUAUUCAAAUAAAUGCUACGGAUUCUGAUGUUACUCAAACGAAACAUACUGAUACACGAGGUAACAGAGGAAGUUUAAAGCUUGAUUUAUCUAAAAUACCUCAGCACACAUUCAGAAAUACCACCCCUAAAAAGGAAUCUCCGAAAUGUGAAUUGAUUAAACCAAAUGUCAACGUGCUAUCUCAAUCUCCAAAAAUAAAUGAAACCAAUGCUGAUAUUUCUUCUGAAAAGUUCUUAGAUUCUUUAUCAAAAAUGACACAUCAUGCUACUAUCACUGGUAACAAAAUAAUUAUUGAUAAACCAUUGAGAGCUAAGGAUGUUGCUGAAUUGAAGAAAGAGGUCAAUGAAUGUGCAAGACUUAUUGAAAAUCAAAUAGAAUUACAUAAUGAUAUUGUGCCAUCUAACGAAGAUAUUGCCGUGAGAAAGGAGGAUGAAAUUAAUGCAAAAUUGCAUACUCCCCUAAAUAAUAUUGACGAAACUGAACCCGUAAAUGAAAAAGAUAUUUUCAAAGAUACAACGCAAUCUACCAACAUGAAUACUUAUGCAGACGAAGUGACUUCACCUGCCGAUGAACCAGAUAGUUUUGAUUCUUGGUCGAUAUGUUCGGCCGAUAUGAAUCACACGCGAGCCGAUUUAAGUUCACCUACUUCACCCUCGUAUUCUCUUUUCUCGCGUGGAGAUCAGGGAGAAUCUGUAAUAGAUAGAAUACGAAGGAGAAGUUUUUAUUUAAGAUUUAAUGAUAGAAGAAGGCCUUCCUUAACAGUACCACCACCAGGAAUAACUUUACCAAGCAGCACAUUACCAAGAAAAUAUAGUUCUAGUAAUUCGAGAGACAGAGAUCGUAGUAAAUUGAAUAGUUAUCCUUUAUCCAAUAAAAAACUAAUGCAAAGAAGUUAUAGCCUACACAACGAAGACAUACCGUCAUAUAGAAAAUCACCGAUCGAUAAAGAAAAAUACACGGAUCUAGUGUCAUACAACACAGAAGUUAAAACACCCACUGAACAUUAUAGUACCUUUUCACAUUCAACAUACGAUCCAUUACGAAAAUAUUUAAGAUCUCCGACAUUAGAAUUGUCUACAGCACAUAAAAGAUACCACAGUACAGACUUUAGUAUGGACGAUGAAUUAGGAGCAUAUAGAAAUUCUUCCCUGAAUUCUAUAUUAAAUAAUAAUCCAGUAGAAUUUUAUGGAAGUAGAAAUUCUAGUAUGCUACCAAGAAAAUACGGAUCUACUAUUACCUCCACAGAACCAAAGACAGUAGAAUAUUAUGAAGAAUUGUUGUCUCCAAGUAAUCCAGAAUAUCUAACAGUACGAAAAUCUCCAUUGUCCAAUGAAUACCUAAACAGAUCCGAAAAUGGUUAUUACAAUAUAAAUUCAAUUAAAUCUAAAACAUGUAUAGCUAAAACAAAAACAGAAUCCACAGAAGAAAUUAAUAAAGAACUUGAAGAACAAGGAAGAAUAACAAGUCAAUGUAAUAGUGAAUCCAAAGAUAUGCCUUCAACUUCAUCAGAUUUGCAAUCAAUUAUUCAUAAUACUGAAUAAAGGAUUAUUAAUAAUAUGAGGAACAAUAGAGAGAGAAAGAAAGGAGCAUCCUUUUAUAUUAUAUAUUUUUAUCCAGCCAAAAAGUAUAUUUUUCAAUUGCUAUAUCCAUCUAUUUGUGUCUUAGAUUUUUACAAUAAUCCAGAAUGGAAGUAAUUUAUGCGAUAUUUUAGAGAAAUUUUUAUUAGGCUUUUAAAUAUUUCAUGGAUAUAUGAAUCAGUACCAACAAUGUUAAGUUUUAUUUGAAUAUAUUAUAAAUACAUGCUUUCACGUUUAAUAUAUAUUAUUAUUUCGAGCAUAAAUUCUGAAAGAGUAAUAAAGUACUAUAUAAAACUUUAUAUCAUCCGUGUAAAGUAAUGUACCAAACUUAAACGUGAAAGCAAUAAUUAAUGUUAUAAUGUUUUUAUAUAACAAGUCUAUUUUAAGUAACUUUAUCUAUAUAUUUCAAGCUUCUUCUGUAUGAUAAGAGCUCUAUUGCAAAGACAAUAUACAUGAUGAAGUAACAAGAAAGAAAUAUUGUUAAAUGAAAUGAAAUUGUCGCGCGUGUUUAAUUAAAAUAUUUUCAAAUGUUAUCUAUUCUCUCUUUUAUUGCAAAUACGAUUAUGUAGUUACAUAAAUUUAUCAUGAAUGACAUGAAUGUUAUAUUAAUCAUUUAGUUCUUAUAUUUCUUGGUAGUUGUGUCAAUAUUUGUGUUUUACCUUUUUUUUUCUUUUUUUUUUUCUUUUUUUUUUUUUUUUAUAAUAGCUUUAAACAAAAAGCUAUAUGUAUACAAUCUAUAUAUUUAAUGCUUAUAUUUAUCAAAAAAGUGUUAAGGCACACUAACAAAGUAUCUUUAUAGAAUGAUCAAUUUCUCCUUCUUUUCUGCAAAAAAAAAAUCAAUUAUGUGAUUGAUAACAUAAUGUCAAAAUGCAAAUAGAAUUAGCAUAGCAUACAACUGCGUUCUUACUAUGAAAAUUCCAGCAUAUAGUUUAUCAAUACAAUUGUACUGUAUAGCAUACAUAUAGCAUUGUGUUUCCCAAAUAUAGUGACAUUGUUUUAUGAAGGAUAUUGUAAGUUAUGUAAGUGCGGCAUUGUAUAUAACAUUCACAUUCAAGAGUUAGUUUGUUUUUUCUUUUUUUGUAACGUCAACUGUAUCAAAUUUAAUAAUAUACAUAUAAUAUUAUUUGGACUUAAAUAUUUAUAGAACUAUAAAAGUGAUAUUGGCAGUCAUGGAUCGUAAAUUCGAACAAAAAAAUAUAACAAGUUAUAUUAAGUUGUUGCAAUUAUAUCGGGAUAAAAAUACCUAAUGAAACACAUUUAUUUAGUUCUAUUAGACAGAACAAUCUUAUAAUUUAUACAAAAACUCUGUUGUUGUUAUUCAUAAAGUAAUAACUUUUGUUAAAAAAAAAAGAUAAUGAUAUAUGUAAAAAUACUGUUUGAAAGUAUGAGAAACUAAAUAGGAUUUUGAUUCCUUGUAGCAAUGUUGCCUUAUAUUUGAAAAGACGAUUGCUGGUUAGAUCAAUCAAGGUGUGAAAGAAAGUUGAUGUUUGUAUAGAAGCCUCUGACUGAUCAACCAUAGUCUUCCGCUUGUUAUGUAUGUGUUUUCUAUUGAUAUACACAUUUUAAAUAAAUAUUAAUAAUUGAA